CGGCGUCGUAAAGAUGCAGCCUUCAAACCCGUUCCUGUUUAUCCCGCAGAUUGGAACCCUGCUGCUUCUUCUAGGCCUUUCUGCAGCAUGUGCGGAGCGACAACCAAUGCUUCGACCUACUUUCAACGGCGAUAUGGAUCUGCUGAUAAACCCAGCCUCAACUGACGAACGCUACCGGUCCUUCAACGAUGGCGCUGGUGUUACAUCGUCAGAGCCUCUGGGAUCACCGAUGACGUCACCAUGUAACGAUCCUUUAAAAGACAGCGCUUACGGCACAAUCGGCAGUGGGCACGGCGGCGUCGUAAAGAUGCAGCCUUCAAACCCGUUCCUGUUUAUCCCGCAGAUUGGAACCCUGCUGCUUCUUCUAGGCCUUUCUGCAGCAUGUGCGGAGCGACAACCAAUGCUUCGACCUACUUUCAACGGCGAUAUGGAUCUGCUGAUAAACCCAGCCUCAACUGACGAACGCUACCGGUCCUUCAACGAUGGCGCUGGUGUUACAUCGUCAGAGCCUCUGGGAUCACCGAUGACGUCACCAUGUAACGAUCCUUUAAAAGACAGCGCUUACGGCACAAUCGGCAGUGGGCACGGCGGCGUCGUAAAGAUGCAGCCUUCAAACCCGUUCCUGUUUAUCCCGCAGG